UAUCGGAUUGAGCUCCUACACCAUGCAAAAAUCAAGAAAACCAACACCAACAUACAGUCUCUUCAUUCUCUACAAAUUGACACACAUGAACAAUUAUUUCAUAAUGUUGACUGGACUUUUGUGAUCGAGUGAUCAAACAAAGAUGCCUGGAUUUCAGUGCCAGACUUGUAAUGUUAGUUUAAAUUCCCAGGAACAGUUAGGUCAACACAGGGCUGGUGCCAAGCACCUCAAGAAGAUGAAAGAAAAAGGCAUAGGUUUGGCACCAGAGAAAGAUGACUUGCCUGCUGUUGAACCUAAACUCUACGGAACUUUUGUUGCAUCUAAACUGACUCCUGUAAUAGGAAAUGUUGGGAAGAUAGACUUGAGUAACAAGCCUUUGUUUCCCCCUCCUCCUCCCCCACCUCCACCUCAUCUGAUGGCACAGAGUGCUCUGAAACAACCUCAGCCAAUGGCACAGGUUGGACCUCCAACAACUAACAUAAAGCCACAAGCUCCACCACCUCCACCUCACCUGAUGCCAAUGGGUGCACCACCACGACCCCCAUCUCAACUAUGUGCACCACUGAGACAAAAAAGAUUCAGUGAUGAACCACCAGACAAUGGACAAACAGGAGCAAUAGAUCAGCAGACAGUUAAUUCUCUUCAGGGAAUCACUCCUGUGAUGAAAGCUGUGGUGAAUAAUGCUCUAGGAAACCUUCCAUUGAAGAGAAAGCUACACAUCAGUAGAUGUGAUGCGUGUGAUAUUGAAUUCAAUGCAGAAUCACAAGAAAGACAACAUUAUGAUGGAAAGAAACAUGCUAAAAGAAUGAGGACCUUGGCAUUAGAAAACAAACCAGGAGGUGAAGUAUCGCCAUCAGUACUACAAGCUAGUGGAUUUACCUGUCAGUUUUGUGAUGUACUGCUGAAUUCAUUGGAGCAGUUGGAACAACAUAGAUUUGGCUCUAAACACCAGAAGAAAGUAGCUGCAGCAAAGACUAAAACACCUACUGGUUCAGAGGACAAAAGUCCACAGGAGAACGAUCUCAGUGUAUGACAUUUCAGUCUUACAAUCCAGAGCCAUGUUAUCUACUGGCAGAAUAGACAAAGAUUUAGAUCUAUAAAAUUGCAGUAUUAUGUGAUACUGUAAAUUUAAGUAUUAUUAAUGCAAAAAAUGUGCCGGUAUUGGGUUCGCAACAAUAAAAACUUGCAUUUAUAAUUUCAGUAGUGAUUUACCUUCAUUAUAUUUUUGCAAUCACGUUAAUUAGACUUUACAUUUUUGCCAAUAGUAAAGGAUUUGCAAUUGCAAUAAUAAAUGCACGCAAUAAUUUCUGAAUUUACAGUAUUCAAAUCUAAAAGUUUAGAGAGAGAUCUUAGAUAUGAUUGAUUGAUUGAUUGUUGCUUGCAGUACUCUCUAUAAUAUGAGAAUGGUCUUAACAUAUUAAAUCAUUGUUAUCUUUAAUAAUUUUGUUAACUUAGAAAAGUGUAACCUUCCAAAAUCAGAAACAUGUAAAAGAUUGGGGAAAUUUCUUUCAAACCAUUGAAAUGUUUAAUGUUAAAUAAAUUGUGUGUAACAAUCAUAUCCGGUAAUGUUCAGAGGAUACAAAAUGUUUUGUUCAAUGUCACAUGGAAUAAUAUCGAUCAAUCAAAUAUUCAAUCACCUAUCAAUAUUUACAUUCAGUGGAAAUAUUUCAUGUGUUUGUUUUUGACUCGCCUGUGACGAAAGUUGUGGAAAGCGAGACAUAGGGAUUGCUUUUCCAGCGACGGCAACUUCGACGAUGAUGACGGCGACAACAAUUGUUAAGUUUUCUGCUUAAGUUAGUUUGAUAGGAGCUACUUGUGAUAGAUCAUUGAUAUUUUAUAGAAAGUUGCAUUACUAUCAUUACAUAUCAAUUUGAUGACUAUUUUGAGGCCCUGCCCCCUGUGUCAUGGUCCAGUGACUUUGAAUUGAUUAGCAAUUUUCAAUGUUAAGUUUCCUGCUUAAGUUAGUUUGAUAGGAUCUAUUUGUAAUACUGGUAGAUCAAUGAUAUUUUGUAUGAAGUCACAUUACUAUCAGUACAUUUCAGUUUGACGACUAUUAACGAGGGUCUGCCCUAAGGACAUGGUCCAGUACACUUUGAAUUAAUUAGCAAUUUUCAAUGUUUAGUUCUCUGCCUAAGUUAUAUUGAUAGGAACUACUAACAAUUAGACAACAAUAUUUUCUAUAAAGUUACAUUGCUGUCUGUAUAUCUCAGUUGUCAACCAUUUUCUGGCCCUGCCCACUAGUUCAUGGU